GGAAGUUUUUGUGAUGGUGUCACCGGGGGUCCUGUGAGUGCUGGCUGCCGUUGGUCUGUGUAGGGAUGGAGGGGCAACCUACCUACGAGGAUUACACGUACCCUGUGGUCUUCCUGCCCCCCUAUGAACCCCCGGCCUGGAUCCCCCUUCAGGAGAGAGUGUACAGCUCGGAUUACAACAACGAGCUGACGCGUUUCCUCCCCCGCUCCAUCCUGCUGAAGAAACCUCCUGGAGCUCAGUUGGGAUUCAAUAUCCGAGGAGGGAAGGCGUCUCAGCUCGGGAUCUUCAUCUCUAAGGUUAUCCCCGACUCUGACGCUCACCGCGCCGGCCUACAGGAAGGAGAUCAGGUGCUCACCGUCAACAACGUGGAUUUCCAGGAUAUCGAGCACAGCAAGGCUGUGGAGAUCUUGAAAACUGCCAGAGAAAUCUACAUGCAAGUUCGCUACUUCCCAUACAACUAUCAGCGGCAGAAGGAGAGAACCGUCCACUAGCCCCUGAUCUGUCGGUGGAAAGCAGCCGGCGGUGGCGCCGUGGAUGUGAUGGAUCACUCUAACCACCUACCUGUGACCCCUUCAUAUUCGGGGUACGGCGGUCUCUGGGAUCUCUUCGGCCGGUUGGAGCCGUUCAUUAUAAAUCUGUAAUACCCGACAUUCUAUGGGGACUAUCCCUUCACAAUAAGACUCCUCCCUACUAAUUAUAAUGUGGGGGAGGGGGGGUCAUCUUCAUCCCUUUCCAUACAGGAGGUACGAAUGUAUUUCUAUAACUUAUAAAUAAAGUUUUUUUGGAACAAG